CUCAACACAAUCAUUCGACUUUUUCAAGAACAAUGUCCAAGCUUUCAUCCCCUAAUGCGGACUUUUGGUCAGCGCAGCCAAAGAACAACCUUCUUAUCAAUAAGCAGGUCGGUGCAGAUACAAGACUUGCCAAGAAGAACACCAACCCGCAGUUCCACAAAUACAUCGAGCACACGAUUGAAAACGGCUACGUUAUUAUCGAAGGAGCGUUCACUGAAGCUGAAGUUGAGGAGGCCAAAGAUGAACUCUACAGUCUAUCUAAGUCUCCUAACGUGGCCGGCCCUGCGAGCGUGGGAGGCCGUAACAUGUUCGAAGGCUUGAACACGCGCCGUAUCUACGCUUUACUGAAUAAGUCAAGGGUCUUUGACAAGUUUCCCCUUCACCCAGCCGUGGUCGCCCUCAACGACUACUUCCUAGACCCAGGCUGGCUUUUGCAUACGAUGCAUAGCAUUGAUAUACAGCCAGGCGAGAAUCCGCAGACGCUCCACCAUGAUGACGGCUCCGUCACUUUGCCACGGCCGCACAAACCUCUUGGCUCUGCGAUAAUGGUGGCACUCGACCCGUAUACCGAGGACAAUGGCGCCACAGUUGUGGUACCAAAGUCGCAUACCUGGGGGACCGAGCCCAUUCCCACCCGUGAUCAGGCUGUUCCUGUGAUCAUGCCGAAAGGAAGCCUAGUAUACUUUUUGGGCACGCUAUGGCAUGGAGGUGGCCACAACAGAUCCUCAAAGGAGCGACGGGCAUUAACCGUUCAAUACUGCCAGCCAUGGAUUCGACCCUUCGAGAAUCAGUUUGUAUGCGUGGACUGGGAGAAGCUGGAUGAUAUCCCGUCAAAACUUGUGGAUAUCAUGGGUUAUCAAGUAGGGGCACCAUUUCUUGGGUUUGCUGACGGGACGAGCCCACGCAAAGUAGUCAACAGAUACUUGAAGCGUAAAGCCGAAGAGUUGGCAGAGGCAAGGAGAGGUGAAGCUAAGCUCUGAUAGACUUCGAACUCACAUGACACUAUAUGCCUAUCCAAUAUAAGGUGAUGACAGACACGUUCGACAUGCCAAAGCUGGCUAUCUAUAACGUCGUCACGGGCAAGCCGCUUACUUUUGCCAAGACCAC